AGGCCAAUUGGGCGUGGCAUUGGUGACGUCGCAAUCGGGGGAGGUGCCUUCUGAGCGUCGACUGGCACUGUGCGCAGAGUUUGUGGAGAAGAGGCUUCGGCCGUGGCGUUCUCCGCUGAGGUCUGAGCCAGAGAUUUAAUAAUGGACGAAACGGAUUUUCGUUUCAUGGACUUUAAAGAAAUUGUUGAAAACCUGAUUGUAAGAGAUAAUUCACCUAGCAUACCUGAGGCAAUUGAAAGACUCUUCAAUGACAUAGCAAAUAUCAACAGGGAUUCUAUGGCUGAAAUACAGGAUGCUCAGGUUGAAGAAAUGGCAGUAAACCUAUGGAACUGGGCAGUUACCAAGAGAGUAGGUUCAAUUAUAAGUGAAGAGCAGAAAGCUAAAUUACGGCAUGUUGCUUGCAAGUUGGUGUGUAUGUGUGAAGGCUCAACUGCUUCAGAAGAUGCUAUUCGAAGACAGAUUUUGAUGAAUAUGAAAACAGGAAAAGGGUGGGUGGAUGUUGGAAAUGCUAUGAUGGCUGAUGGAUUUUUUCAAGCUGCCAUGGUUGGUCUAGAGCAGUUAUAUUGCAAAUUAAUGCAGAGAGCCUCCACUGAGGCCGACAUAACUUUGCAGAAGAGUGCUAUGGAGAGGGACCUUUUCAAAGUGGUUUCUUACCAAGCAGAGGCGGCAAUUGCUCUAGGGGAUUUUCAAAGAGCAUCUUCAUGUUCACUGCGCUGUAAGGAUAUGUUGAUAAGGCUCCCCAAAAUGACUGGAUAUCUUCAUAUUCUCUGUUACAACUUUGGAAUAGAAGCCUACAAGCAGAAUAAAUACGAUGAAAGUUCUUUCUGGCUUAGCCAAAGCUAUGAUAUUGGGAAGAUGGAUAAGAAUACUAUUGGGCCAGAAAUGCUGGCUAAAGUUCUUCGGUUACUAGCCACUGCUUAUUUGGAUUGGAAUGACAGAGAAUAUUGUGAUAAGGCUCUCCAUGCUGUAAACCUAGCAAACAAGGAACAUUUAAAUCCAGCUGGGAUUUUCCUAAAGAUGAAAAUCCUCUUGAAGAGUGAAACAGCCAAUGAAGAACUCCAUGAAGCUGUCAUGGAAAUACUACAUCUUGACAUGUCUCUAGACUUUUGUCUGAACGUUGCUAAACUGCUGAUGGAUCAUGAAAGAGAAUUUGUUGGGUUUGAUUUAAUGAAGAUUAUCUGUGAGCGUUUUAAGUCAUCAGAAGAUAUUGGAAAAGCUCUACUGCUCCACAUUGACAUGCUUUUACAAAGAAAGGAAGAACUGCUUGCCAAGGAGAAGAUUGAAGAAAUCAUUAUAGGUCACCGAAGAGGAAGAAAACUGAAACCAGAAUUAGUGAGCUGUUUUCACAACAUUCUGUGGCAGAAAGCUGCCAGAAGUUUUGAGGUACAAAAUUAUGCUGAAGCCCUAAACUGGUACCAUUAUUCUCUGAGAUUUUAUGCAAUCGAUAAAACGGAUCUGGACUUGGCCAAGCUGCAGAGGAAUAUGGCUUCCUGUUACCUGCAUUUGAAACAACUUGAUAAGGCUAAAGCAUCAGUGAGAGAAGCUGAACGACGUGAUCCUGCAAAUAUUUUCACUCAGUUUUAUAUAUUCAAGAUUGCGGUUUUAGAGCAAAACUCUACCAGAGCUUUGCGGGCAAUUAAUACAUUAGAGAAGUUAAUAACAGGUGUAGUACCAAAAGAGAAUGCGCUACGUAUGGACAAAGAUUCACCUGUCACGCUUCUCAGUUUAGUUGCCCAAUUUGCUCUAGAGAAUGGACAACAAAUUGUGGCAGGAAAAGCUUUGGAAUAUUUAGCUCAAUAUUCAGAAGACCCACAACAAGUCCUUUCGGCUUUAAAGUGUUUGUUUUGUCUGGCUCUUCCAAAAGUUUCUCAGAUGUCAGAAUUUGAAAGCAGGAAGAAAGAAAUGGAUCGACUUUUGGCUUGCUUGAAUAAAGUCCUGAAAAUUGCUCAUUCUUUUCAUGACGAGAACUCGACUGAAGACUCAACGGUUAAUGAAGCUCAGUGGUUUCGAAAAAUAGCUUGGAAUUUGGCUGUGCAGUGCGACAAAGACCCAGUGACAAUGAGAGAGUUUUUCAUCCUUUCUUACAAGCUGUCCCAGUUUUGUCCUUCUGAUCAAGUAAUUCUGAUUGCACAGAAAACAUGUUUACUUAUGGCAGCUGCAGUUGAUCUAGAGCAAGGGAGAAAAGCUUCAACAACUUCUGAACAGACCCAGCUACUGAAUCGUGCACUUGAGGAGAUAAAUGAAUGCAAACACAUCUGGAAUAUUCUGAAAGAAACAGGGAACUUCUCAGGUGAUCCAUGUGAGACACUGCUUCUGCUGUAUGAGUUUGAAGUUAAAGCCAAAAUGAAUGAUCCAUUACUUGACAGUUUCCUGGAAUCACUGUGGGAACUGCCUCAUUUGGAAAGUAAAACAUUUGAAACAAUUGCCUACAAAAUUCUAGAGACAUGGAGCCUGUGGUGUUUACUUUGUAGACAUGUGAUGGUGACCACUUCUCCUUGUAUAAUGGAUCUCCAAUUGCAGAGGCCUGGUAAAUGCAUUUGGAAGUUACAAGUGUUAGCAGUGGAAAAGCCUGCACACUAUCCUUCCAUUGCUCUGAAGGCCUUGAAUAGGGCUUUAUUGCUCUACAAAAAGAAACAAUCAAUUGAUGCUGUGAAAUACAGCAAAUGUGUGCGAAACUUGAUUAACCUCUUGGUGCCAGAUGGGGUGCCAAGUACAGAACUCUGUCCCCCAGAAGAAAUUUGGGGUUAUUUUGAAGAUGCUCUGAGCUUUAUUAGCCACACCGAAGACUACCCAGAAUCAGAGACUCUCUGGCUGAUGGUCAAGUCCUGGAAUAUUGGGAUAUAUAUGUACAGCGGAAAGAAGUAUGUAUCUGCAGAAAAAUGGUGUGACCUUUCACUGCAUUUUCUUGACCACCUUGGCUCCCUCAAGAGAAACUAUGAAACUCAGAUGAAUACUCUGUAUGGCGACCUGGUGGAAGCAUUAAGCAAAAGCAAGGGCUCAGUUUUCAACGAAGAGUGAGAAGAGCUGGAAUAAGGCAUCUGAGCAGGCAAGCUGACAUCUACUUGAAGAUGUUGAAUACCUAAAUUCUUGCCAGACUUUAUCUUGAGUUCUUGUUUCUGUUUUUUCAAACCCUGUUUUCUUGUUGUUACAUGAAGUUUUCUGAAUUAAAGCAUUUUGACUGUUA